AGCACUCUGCUGUCUGUGAGUUCCCCUGGCUCCCCUCCUUUCCUCCCGGAUGGUCUCGCCCGGGUUGGGCUGGGGGCGGGGCACACACGUGGUCGGGCCGCGCCGAGUGGGGCAGGAUGCUGUGUUGAGGUGGGAGAUGGCUCUGUGGGCCCGGCAGGCCUCCCGCUGGUGUUGCCUGCUGAACACGCCCCGCGCUGCCGGGUUUGCUCGAAGGCUGAGGAGCUGCGGGAGCCCCGCACGGACCUGCCGUGAGUUCGCCCCUCUGGCUCUGCUGCCCGCCGGGAAGGACGGUGUGCUGUGGAGACUGCAGGCGUGCAGGCAUGUGUCUGUAGGAAGCUAUUCCGCGCCCGACAAUGCCAAGGAUGGAUCUUUCUCUUCUGUGGAAAGUAACUUGCCUUCACCAGUAAGAGAGGAACAAGCAAAGGUAGAAACAUUACCUCAUCUGAAUGCAAAAAUACUGGAUGAAGAUUGGGAUGACAUCCCACCUUCAUCUGCCUUGGAAGAGAUUUCUGAGGAAGAAGCUGCACAGAUCAUUGCAGAACCAAUUCUUCCCCCUCGGUCUACCACUCUCCGAGAUUAUGUUGAUCAUUCAGAAACCCUUGCAAAGCUUGUCCACCUAGGAGUUGACCUAUCCCAAGUGGAAAAACGUCAAAAGGCAGGUCAGCUCUUACUGACCUUGGACUUUGAAAAAGAUAUAAGAAAAAUACUUCUGUUUCUUAAGGAUGUGGGUGUAGAAGACAAUCAGCUGGGACUAUUUCUGACCAAAAAUCCAUACAUCCUUGGGGAAGAUCUGGAAGAUUUAGAAACCAGAGUGGCUUACCUAAAAUCAAAAAAAUUUAGUAAGUCAGAAAUUGCUCAGAUGGUCUCAAGAGCUCCAUAUUUGCUGUUGUUUUCAGUGGAAAGACUGGAUAACAGACUGGGUUUCUUCAAAAAUGAACUUGGUCUCAGUGUAAAGAAGACAAAGGACCUGGUAAUUCGUCUUCCACGGCUACUGACUGGCAAAUUAGAGCCUGUAAAGCAAAAUCUUCAGGUUUGUCAGAUUGAACUUGGUUUUCAACGUAAUGAAAUUCAACAGAUAGUGUAUAAAACCCCCAAGAUUUUAACUGCAAGUAAAAAGAGGCUUAAACAGACAUUUGACUACUUACACAACAUAAUGGGCAUUCCCCACCACAUGCUUACUCGCUUUCCUCAGGUUUUCAACUCAAAGCUAUUAAGAAUCAGAGAGAGGCACAUGUUUCUUGCAUUCUUGGGAAGAGCCCAGUAUGACCCAGCACAACCCAGCUACAUCUCUUUGGACCAGCUGGUAUCCCUGCCUGAUGAGGUGUUUUGUACAGAGAUUGCCAAAGCUUCUAUACAGGACUUCGAAAAUUUCUUAAAAACACUCUAGUAACUCAUGUAAAAUAUAAAAGAAUAAAGUUAUGAAAUAAACAUACUUUAUGGAACCA